GUUCGCCUUCGGGCAUGUAGCCACUAUGCAUCGUCAAAGACUCUUUCGGGAAGGACGCGUACCUGCAGAAAACGGGUGCCCGCUAAGCAGCGCUAUCUACGGAGUCCUGACGAAGAUGCACGCCAUCAGCAUGUGCCCUUCUCGCCGACCCUUUUGCGCUAUCUGCGUCAAGCGAAGCGACCCAUGUGGCGACCGAUCCAUAUCGUGGCAGGAAAGAACGGUAGGCGUCCGAGAACACGUCAUUGCUAUUCCCUUUGCUCAAGUGAUGUAUAUAUCUGUCGUGGGUUUCGCUGUCAGGGAAAGUUGUAACAUCGGUCACCGUUCAGUCUCUUACUCUACCUUACCAUUCAGUCACCCGCUUAUCGAACAGCAAUAUCUUUCUAACACUCGGAGCAAUGCCUUCGUUCACCGUAUUCAAGGGCUCCAAGGAUGGCUCGAUCCACGAGUCCAAAACAGAGAAGCCUGAACUUCAUGGCGAUCAAGUCUUUUUGAAGAUCACCGCCUCCGGUCUCUGCGGAACGGAUCUGCACUACCGUAACCAGGACAUGGUUCUUGGGCACGAAGGCGUUGGUGUUGUCGAGUCUACCGGCCCGGAGUGUAAGUACCUGAAGAAGGGCGAUCGCGUUGGAUGGGGCUACGAACACGACAGCUGCGGCCACUGCCGAGAAUGCUUGACCGGCAAUGAGACGUAUUGCCCCGAGCGCGCAAUGUACGCCAUGGCCGACCUCGACCAAGGUAGCUUCGGCACCGGCGCUGUAUGGCGCGAGGCUUUCCUCUUCAGAAUCCCAGACGGCUUGAGCGACGAGGCUGCAGCGCCGUUGCAAUGCGGCGGAGCCACUGUGUUCAACGCAUUACAUACCUACAGAACGGACCCCACGGAGACGGUCGGUAUCAUGGGUGUCGGCGGCCUGGGCCACCUAGCCAUUCAAUUCGCGGCCAAGAUGGGCUGCCGAGUCGUCGUAUUGUCCGGUUCGGACCGCAAGAAGGACGAAGCGAUGAAGCUUGGCGCACACGAGUUCAUUGCCAUGAAGGGCGCCAAAGAGCUCAAAGUAUCCCGCCCGCUCGACCGCCUGCUCGUCACUACCUCCGCAAAGCCGGACUGGAAUCUCAUUGCACCGAUCAUGGCAUCCAGGGCAACCAUUCACCCGCUCUCGGUCGACGAGGGCAACUUCGAAUUCCCUUACAUGCCAAUGAUCUUGAACGGCAUCAAUGUGCAAGGAUCUGUUGUCGCUGCUCGUGCUGUGCAUUUCCGGAUGCUUGAGUUCGCUGCUCAGCACAAGAUCGAGCCGAUUAUCGAGAAGUUCCCGAUGACUGUGAAGGGUAUCACGGACGCCAUGGAGAAGCUGAACAGUGGCGAUAUGAGGUACCGUGCCGUGCUUGUGCCGCAGUAAUCUUGCGUUGGUAGCAGAGAAUGAGAAUGUCGCUACAAUGUUGUACACUUAGCGUGGUGCGAGAAGAUA